AUUAAAAUAGUUAUAACUCAGCAACCGUUUAGUAGAUGCGUUUUCAAUUUUUUGCAGUACAUUAGGGAAACUAAAAGAACAAUUUCACAAAUUUUUCGCAACUUUGUACCAUUUUAAACUUCAGUCCGAUACAUCUUUAAUAGAUCAUACAGUUUCUAUCAGAAAUGUUUUUCUGUAUCUUCGUUUUGUUUUUCCAAAUGCUUCGAUGAUUUUUCUUCAUACCAUCCGAGCCUGAAUCCCUCCUUACGUGACGAACCACUGGUGAAGAGGAGUGGGGCCAGCUAAAGGCAUUCUCUUCUAGCGGCUCAUCGUGAUUCAGUUCUGCCGCUUCCCGAGUUCUCGAUCGUCGCUCGGAGUCUCGGACGUCCUACAUUACUUACUGCUAACUGAUUGACACGUUGAUUUUUUUGCUAGAACAAUGUCGUUCCUCACGGUGAUACCGUUGCUGUCGGCGAUCAGCAUGAUUUCGGCGCAAUGUCUAACAGGCGACGACAUCCCCUCGACGAUGAACCCGAUGUCGAGGUCGCUGCUGACGGACGCCCGCUUCGGCUUCGCGCUCGACAGCCUGAGGAAGACCGCGCUGAUCGAGUCGAAGGACAACAUCUUCUUCAGCCCGCACAGCAUACACCAGGCUCUGAGCCUGGCGUACUUCGGCGCGCGCGGCACUACCGAGGAGGCCCUCAAGCGGGCCCUCCACAUUCCGAACGACCUCUCGAAGGUCGACGUGCAGCGUUACUACGCCAUCGAGAAAUCCCUCAAUCAAAUGCGUUCCCAGAUAAAUGGGUCUGCAAGUUCCUACGAUUACAAAGUCGCCAACAGAUUUUGGAUUACGAACACCAAGAAGCUGCGCGAGUGUAUGUUCGAUUUGUUCGGCGACGAGUUGCAAGUGACCGAUUUCCAUACAAAUCCCGCCAACGUGAGAGAUCAGAUCAAUAAUUGGGUCAGUAAUAUGACGAAAGGACACAUUCGCGAUCUCCUGCCGCCGAACAGCAUUGGUGAGGACACGGAUCUGGUUUUGGCGAACGCGGUCUACUUUAAGGGUCUGUGGACCUCUCGUUUCGACCCGAAUAACUCGAAGCGCGACAUCUUCUACGCUUCCGGCGCUCUCUAUCCGCAAAACUCUUUCACCACUUUCAUGCGUCAGAAGGGGAAUUUCAAUUAUGACAUCUCUGAAGAGCUAGGCGCAUACAUCCUGGAAUUACCGUACAAAGGUAACGAGGUGUCGAUGUUCGUGCUGCUCCCCCCGUUCUCUACCGCGCGGUCUCUUCAAAACCCGCCGAGCGAGCCUCGGGACGGAAUCCGUCAACUCGUGGAACGUCUGGCGACGGAGAAGGGAUCCCGGGAGCUACGCGACCUGCUGGACAACGGGUUGUUGUCGCGCGAGGUCGAGGUCAGCCUGCCACGUUUCACGCUCGAGCGAGAGCUGCCUAUCGGACAGCUGUUACACGCGCUAGGCGCCGGUGAACUGUUGGCACCCGACGUGGCCGAUCUGCGUGGCUUCGUCGCGGACGGCGAGCGGAACCUGCACCUUGGCGAUGCGGUACACCGGGCUCGUAUCGAGGUUACGGAGGAGGGCACUACUGCGGCCGCGGCCACCGCGAUCUUCACCUUCCGCUCAAGCCGACCGACCGAACCUGCCGUCUUCAACGCCAACCAUCCGUUCGUUUACCUGAUCUACAAUAAGGCUGAUCACACCAUCCUUUUCACCGGUGUCUUCCGUUCGCCUAGCACAGCCCAGCAGACGUAUGCCCUGACUCCCGGUGCUGUUUAGACAAGGGACGUGUCGUUUGGGAGAAACUCAUCUUUGGAAAGAUAGUCAAAGCAGCGCAGAGGCCUGACGACGAGACGAAGAUCGGCAAAUUCGAGUUUUCCACUUCCUCUUGGCGAGCUGAUACCAUUCUUGACGGGAUCUGUUUCUCAUGUGGCACUGAGAGAUUAUUUUUUGAUAAUCGGAGAUCGGUUGGUUCUUUAAACGGCUGAUCUCUUGAAUUUAUGAAUUUUCGAAGGGUCGACGAAAGGGGAUUUCUUCGACGAUUUUUUGAGUAAAGUCUGUCGCGUGAAUCUCAUUAAUUUAUUCUUGCAUUUAGAUUUUACAUUUUAUGCUGUCUCUUUCUUUUAUUUUUAAAGUUAGGUAAAGACGAGUGUAAAACGAGCCAAAAGUUUGCACAGUGUUAACGCUUUUUGAUAUAUGGAUGAUAAAUUCAACGAACGGUGAUCUCACCGACUGACUGAAACAGCUGUUCAACAGAUAUUUAUUUCUUCCUUCGAAUCUGAAAAUUAAAUUGUUUUAAUAUAAUGUAUUGGAAGAAAAAAAUCAAAGAUUGUAAAAAUAUUAAGCGAAGAUUUAUAUAAUACGAGAAAAAUGAAUAAAAAUGCUUUUAGAUAUAUAAAAUUAAAUGUUUUUUUGACUCAUUUUAACAUCAUCAUAAUGAUAUAUGAAUGUGACAGCGACAGUACAAACGCUAAAAGAGAUAUUAGAAACAAUAAAAGAUCAAUCAUCGAUUAAUCAAU